AUUCCAUCCUUCACAGAUCUCUUGAUUACUUUGAGUAUACCUAAAUGAACGAAUCAAAUGAAUCUAACCCAGGUAUUAUAAUCAACUUGAAUUCUAAUUAUUCCAAUUUUCAAUUCGAUAUCUUUACUAUUCCUGUAUUAUUGGCUAUUGUUCCAUUUAUUUAUAUUAUUCCCACUUGCUUUGUUAUUUUCCGAAUUAUUCAAGUUUAUAUUGUGAAAGGACUACGGAAUAAUGAUGAGAUGGUCAACAAAAGUGUUUUCUUGGUUAUUAUACUUUCUCAACUUUCGUGCCUCUGCUUCUUCCUUUCUGAUUUCCUGAUAAUCCGCCUGCCCUCAACGGGAAUUUUAACAACAUGGUGUCAACAACAACCGGAAAAUCAUUUUCUGGCGAUGCUCUUCACAACUCAAAUUUAUUUCAGUUAUGCUUUAAUGAUAUAUCCGGUUUUGUUGACGAUAGUUCGAAUAACGCCAAUUCAGCUUCCACAUCGCCAUAGAGAGAUAAACUCGAAAAUUCUUGCCUACGGCAUCCCAUUUGUUCACAUCUACCCUCUAUUCUUUAUAUUCUUCAUGGUUCCAGCACUAGGGGUCUGUCGGCAAUUCAAGAAACCAUAUCCAUUCGGAUCAGCUUUCAUACACUUUUAUGGGUCUUGGCACGAUUUCAAAAAUGCUCCAUUUGAAAUGAUUAAUACUGUUUUUUGGCUGAUCACUUAUCUACUCUGCAACUUCAAGCUUCAUCAGAAACUUCAUUAUUUAAAAGUGAACUCUCAGUGCCACCAGAACCAGAGUGCAAGAUAUCGAAGAGCGGAGAUCUCGUUGACAUUGACUUCAGUUUCAAUGAUCCUUACAUACAUUGUGAAUCUAGCAUUUCAGGGAACCUUCCUAAUUGAUUACAAUCUCAUGACAUAUAGUUCAUUCUUCCGUCCAUAUGGAAAUGAUCUCGAGACUUGUGUAGUUCCAUGGGUAUUUUAUUUAACUCAUCCAGCAUUUCAAAAGAGACAAGGAUCAAUUAUGUCAUCAAGUCAUCAACGGGCAACACGCACAUAAGGUUUUUGCUUCCAUCAUGAAGUUCAUUUUUGUAAUUGGUAAAAAUAAAAAUAAAAAUAAAAUAUUGCACC